GGCCCUUCUUCAUCUUUCCUUAGCCUGCUCUCGAGACCUUUGACCAGCACAGCACCGCUGCAUGUUAGCAGCUAGCUUGCUAACUUAUUUUGUGCCUGUUUUCUGUCCUCUCUCGUCUCCUACGUCUUCCUUGUGUGUCCCUUCUUGUGCGGAGAGAUGUGGUUUAUUUAUUUACUAAGCUGGCUGUCGUUGUUGAUCCAGGUGUGCUUCGUCACUCUUGCUAUAGCUGCUGGUCUGUACUACUUGGCAGAACUAAUAGAAGAGUACACUGUGGCCACCAGUCGAAUAAUAAACUACACGAUCCUGUUCUCGACAGGGGUUCUCGCAGGCCUCUACAUUUUUGAAGGCUUCCCAAUGCUGAUGGUUGGAGUGGGACUCUUCACCAACCUGGUGUACUUUGGCCUACUGCAGAGGUUCCCCUACAUCCUACUGAGCUCGCCCAACUUCAUCCUCUCCUGCGUGUUGGUGGUGGUCAACCACUACAUGGCCUUUCAGUACUUUGCACAAGAAUAUUACCCUUUCUCAGAGGUUCUGGCAUAUUUUACAAUUUGCCUCUGGGUGAUUCCUUUUGCCUUCUUUGUGUCGCUUUCAGCAGGUGAAAAUGUUCUUCCAUCCACCGUGCAGCAAGGAGAUGACGUGGUGUCUAAUUACUUCACCAAGGGGAAGCGGGGGAAGCGCUCUGGGAUCCUUCUGGUGUUCUCCUUCCUCAAAGAGGCUGUUCUGCCCAGUAGGCAGAAAAUGUACUGACCAACUGGACUCAGGAGGUUGAAUGGGCAGGACCGUGGAGGUCAUGUCUGUGCAUUUGGGAUUCCAUUAAAACUGUGGUCAAAGAGGAUGAGGAGCAAAAGACGAGAGACCAAUGAACAGUGCAGCGCAUCCUGCUGGGCGAUCCAAGGAGCGUUGUGUCCUGACGUCUGCUGCACACCUGCACUUGAUGCUGCAUUGGACUUUUUCCUUUAAAAUUGGAAAACAAAACUUGUUUUUUACAUGACAUACCAGAAAGCUGGCCACCAUAGCCUGGUUGAUCGGUUGGUUGAAAGAGAAAUAUUUACCAGCUGAACCAACAGAACACAGCUCGGCAAUAUUUACAAAAAUGUACAAAUUUAUUUAAAUGCUAAAUGCUAAUGUUCUGGAAAACUGCCACCUGUUUACCAAUACCCACCUGCAAAGUGACUGUUGUUUUUCAAACACAAAUAGAACAUUGAAAAGUCAACUGACUUUAGUACGAAAAGCUGCUGAGUUAUUUGUGGAAAUAGCACAAACGACACCAUGUUGACUUAACUCAGUGCUUCUCAAAUAUUUUCGUUUGCGCCCCCCAAGGAAGAAGAAAAUAUUUAGCGCCCCCCACUCUCCUAAGUGAAUAUAAAUGUAUAAAUUGUCUAUAAAAUUGUUAAAACCAUAACUUUGCAUAACAUUGUAAGCUUAUUGAAAACGAAGAAAACAACACCAGUUUUCCCUCGUCUCCCACCAUGGUUACAUUAAAGCCAAGUGCUACAUACCUCGGUCAUGUUCUGGUAUAAGCAUGAUCGCCGAUGUCACUUGUGCCCCCACAGGGGGGCCUGCCCCACUAUUUGAGAAGGACUGACUUAACUCUAGGAAUCAAUUUCUUCAGCAAACUACUUCUGUGAAAAGUCUUUAUUGUCACAUCUUUCUCGUAUUAAACAUCCAAAAUGA